ACAGAGAAAGAAAACAAGAGAAUGUGCUAGAAAGAACCAUAUUCAUUUUCAUGUUCCAACUCUUCACCAUUUCUAUUUCUUCUUCUCUUUUCUCUCUUUCAUAUUCCUUCUUCUAACUUUCUGAUCAAACCAAAACCUAACAAAUACUCUCAAAUGAACUUUCAAACAAAAUCGAUUAUUUAAAAAGCGAUUAUCUGAACAAAAUGGAUGGUGAGAUGAUGGAAACGGAGGCGUCUAGCUCCGGUCAAAACGACGCCGUUCGUGAUUUGCUUACAUUGGCUCGCCAAUUCAUCAAUCAAGGAAAACCCUCUCAAGCCCUUCAAGCGGUGGUUGUAGCAGUGAAGAAUAAAGGUGGCGAUGAAGCUGUAUUUCAGUCCUUGAGUCGUGCCCGUGAGCAGUAUAGAAGUAGACUGCAACAGAAUGCUGCGGCCGAUCAGCUGGCUUCUUUGUUUGCCGAGUGUGCCAUUGCUGAAGUUCAGCCUGCAAUGGUCGAACCAUCUGCAACAAACAUUUCCAACCCAUCAGUAACCACAGAUGCUAAUGGAACAUCCAUACUUGCAGAAAGUGGCAGGACGCAAGUAGUAUUAGAUGCAGUUUCUGAUGGAAGCAGCUUCAUUUGUUUGAAGUGUGGAGGCCUUGUCAGCAACACCCGCAGAGACGAGCACUAUACAUACUGGUGUUGUUAAUCUGAUUGCUUGGAUAUAAGGUUGCAUUUUUGCUAUGGUGAUGCUUAUGUUUUUCCAUGAAUCCACAAUAUGCAGUGAUUAAUGCCUCUUGUACCUUGAUCCUUGGAAAAGUCAUACUAUGGUCAUAGUGGAGUUAAUUCUCAAACAUGGUUGGUCUUUUUUUAAGACUCCAAUGAUGUACCAUAGUGAUUUAGUUACCAAUACAGAGAAGUCCGAGUAAAGGUUGUGUAUGAUGUACAUGUCUCUAAAUCUAAUGUUACGAUUGGAGCAACUGCACCUUCAAUAUAUUUUUGGUUUCAUUUAGAGUUGAUGUUUUAAAAGUAAUUAUUACAAAGUAAUAUACUUUGCUUUCAAGGAUAGCACUUGUGUACCAUUAGGAUACUAAUGUUAUAUAACAUUGACCAAUGAAGGUGUGCCAAAUAGCACUUCACA